GCGGCCCGGGGUGGGGGCCGGGCGCCCGGAGAGCCCAGCAAGCCAAAGGCUUUGUGUCUUCCACAGAGCGUUUCCGUGGGACUUGUGGCUCUCCUGGCGUCCAGGAACCUUCUUCGCCCUCCACUGCACUGGGCCCUGCUGGUACUAGCUCUGGUGAACCUGCUCUUGUCCGCUGCCUGCUCUCUGGGCCUCCUCCUUGCCGUGUCACUCACUGUGGCCAACGGUGGCCGCCGCCUUAUUGCUGACUGCCACCCAGGACUGCUGGAUCCUCUGGUACCACUGGAUGAGGGGCCGGGACAUACCGACUGCCCCUUUGACCCCACAAGAAUCUAUGAUACAGCCUUGGCUCUCUGGAUCCCUUCUUUGCUCAUGUCUGCAGGGGAGGCUGCUCUAUCUGGUUACUGCUGUGUGGCUGCACUCACUCUACGUGGAGUUGGGCCCUGCAGGAAGGAGGGACUUCAGGGGCAGCUAGAGGAAAUGAUAGAGCUUGAAUCUCCUAAACAUAAAAGGCAGGAAAAUGAGCAGCUACUGGAUCAAAGUCAAGAAAUCCAGGCAUCACAGAGAAGUUGGGUUUAGGACAGCAGGUGCUGUUCCAAGACUCAGUCCUAAAGGGUGUUUUUUUCCCACCAAGCAAGGGGCCCUGACCUCGGGAUGAGAUAAUAAAUUGUAAUAAAGUAACUUCUCUUUUCUUCUA